AUGGCUGGCAUCAUCGUUGGAAGAUCAGAGGAGUGGGAUUCACCCAUUGUGAUGAACGAACCGGCAUGUCCGGAACGAGACGUGAUCAUGAGGAUGAUCAAUGACGAUAGAUUCACCGUCGACCAUGCAAUUAAUGAGAUUUGUAGUCUCACUACUGCGGCUUCAACCGAGGAUUUUCAAGCCAACACUUCGAGUGCAACUGGAGACACCCACCUAUACCGGCACGCUGAACGGGUUAUGCUGAUUCUUCGGAAUCUGGCAGCUGCAGUGCCUCAUGCUCGACAAUCGAAACUUAUUGAAUUUAUCCUCCACCUCGAGAAAUGUACGAUACCUGACCCCAACCGUGGCGGGAUUGUAGGAGCUGGAAAUGAUACCUUCUGGACGAAUGUGCCUCCAUUUUCAGAAAACCUAGUCCGGAUUAUGGGUAAGGGCUUUCAUCCCAAUGCCAAUGGUGUGUUUGGCCCGGCGGAGGAGAAUAGAGCAGCUUUCCUUGCUCAACUAUUUGAGAAACGAUACGAAGCCUGUCAAACGAUCCCGGACUGGACUCUCAGCUUCACCUCUGCCGUUUUCGCUACGGACAUGUUUACACCAGAGAAGGGAAAUAUACGAUUGUUCUGCAUAUGGUUGAUCUAUGCCAAUAGGAAGCUGUGGUUGGAUACUCACGGGCUCAAUUGGCUGGCUGCCAGACCGGAAUGGUGGGAAGGAUGGAGGGUGCUCUUACUUGAUUGUCAAAGCAACAAUGAAGCUUGGUGCUCGGAUGAGGAUACGCAGAUGCUUAUGAGGCGUGCUCUGGAUUGUAUGCACAUUACCGAAGAUGAGCAUUGA